AUGCCAGCAAAGGAGCUGCUGCUGCUGGGGGUGGUGGUGGCUGCUGCCCUGGUGUCUCUGGGGGCUGCUGAAGGAGCAGAGCUGUAUGAAGGGAAUGACCUGAGAAGGCCAGUGUGUGGAGACAUGACGCAGGUGGAGGCCUGCCCCCUCCUGUACUUGCCUGUCUGUGGGACUGAUGGCAACACCUAUGCCAACGAAUGCCAGCUCUGUGUGGAGCAAAUGAAAACCAGGCAAGACAUCCAGAUUUUGAGAGAUGGGGAAUGUCAGCACGUCUGA